AUGGCGCCUUCCGGCCACGCGGCCGCCGCCGCCGUCCCUGCGGGGGGGUUUUGUUCUGCCGGCGAAGGGACUCCGCAGAAGGAUGUUGUAAUAAAGCCGGACGCCCCAAGCACGCUCCUUCUGGAGAAGCACGCGGACUACAUAGCUUCCUACGGAACCAAGAAAGAUGACUAUGAGUACUGUAUGUCGGAGUAUUUGAGGAUGAGUGGUGUUUACUGGGGGCUGACAGUCAUGGAUCUCAUGGGAGAACUGCACCGAAUGAACAAAGAAGAAAUUCUGGAAUUCAUCAAGUCCUGCCAACAUGAAUGUGGUGGUAUAGGUGCCAGCAUAGGGCAUGAUCCUCAUCUUCUGUAUACACUCAGUGCUGUUCAGAUUCUUACCUUGUAUGAUAGUCUCCAUGUUGUUGAUGUCAGUAAAAUCGUUGAAUACAUACAGAGCUUGCAAAAAGAAGACGGAUCAUUUGCUGGAGACAAAUGGGGAGAAAUAGAUACAAGGUUUUCCUUCUGCGCUGCAGCAACUCUGGCACUUCUGGGAAAACUGGAUGCUAUUGAUGUGGGGAAAGCAGUAGAAUUUGUUUUGUCCUGUAUGAACUUUGAUGGAGGAUUUGGUUGUAGGCCAGGUUCUGAAUCGCAUGCAGGACAGAUCUAUUGUUGCACAGGAUUUCUGGCUAUAACAGACCAGUUGCAUCAAAUAAAUGUUGAUUUGCUGGGCUGGUGGCUUUGUGAACGACAGUUACCUUCUGGAGGUCUCAACGGACGACCUGAGAAGUUACCUGACGUGUGUUAUUCAUGGUGGGUCCUAGCAUCUCUGAAAAUGAUUGGUAGAUUACACUGGAUUGACAGAGAGAAAUUGCGAUGCUUUAUUUUGGCUUGCCAGGAUGAGGAGACUGGAGGAUUUGCUGACAGACCAGGAGAUAUGGUGGAUCCAUUUCACACCUUAUUUGGAAUUGCUGGACUCUCUUUAUUAGGGGAAGAACAAAUUAAAGCUGUCAAUCCUGUCUUUUGUAUGCCAGAAGAUGUCCUUCAAAGAAUAAAUGUGCAGCCUGAGCUUGUGAGCUAAGUCUUGUAGAGACAAAAGAUUGAUAUGCCUGGUCACUUUGGUUUUAAUCAUUGGAAGUCAGCCCUGAAACUGUUAGCAUAUUUUUCUUUUGGAUAUGUUUACAUUUCUAUGCUAAAAUGACUGAUUUACUGUGGGCUUUGUCAUUUUGUAAAUUGCAGUAGAACAGGCUUGUUCUAGUAGUCUGUGUGUAACAUGUUUUUAGGUUACAUAUA